UUAUGUAAUGUAGUUUUGUGCAAGCAACAAAAGCGAUGGCGAGCCGGGGGGAGGGGGCCAACGCCCCCUCCCCUCCCCCCGACAAAUCGCUCCUCGGGGAUGGAGCUGGGCUGCUCCAGCCCUGGGGAAGUGACUGCACCCACCUGCCCCCCCCGCCUUCCUCCCAGGGAAGAGGAGGGUGGGAGGAGCAGCCUCCUCCCCCAGGCAGGGCGGCAGAAGGGAUGCGAAAGGGGAGAUCCGGGGAAACCUGUCAGAGCGGGUCCGAGACGGUGACCCCGACACGCAGGCCGGCGAGGGGGUGUCACCCGCGGGCAGCCCGAGCGAGCCCCGCUGCCCCCGGGGGCUGUGCCAGCCAGGCGAGGAUGGGCUGAGGGGCGCGGAGGGCCCUUGGGUGCUUCGCUCGGGUGCGCGGCUUUCAGCCCCUCGCCUUGUCUCGGGCCACCCCCCGCCCCAGUGUCCCUGGCCCUGCGGGGGCCCGGAGCCUGUGGCGGGGCGGAAAUCCAGCCCGUCCCCCGCGCCCCGGGCAGCCCGGCUCCAGGGGCGCAUCCCGGCGCGCUGCUGCCCGGGAGAGGGUCGCGGUAGCUCCCCGCCGCCUCGGGCCGGGGCCAGAGCCGGAGCGAUGGACGUUUUCCUCUGCCCCGCGUGUCGGCUUGUCCUGUGGGACCCGGUGACCGUCUCCUGCGGCCAUUCCUUCUGCAAGCGGUGCCUGGGCGAGGCGCUGCCCUCCCGCUGCCUCGUGUGCCGGGGGCGGCUGAGGCUCCCGGGCUCCAGAGCGGUGCAUUGUAACGUCCUGUUGGGCAGCCUGCUGGAGAAGUGCCUGGCCCGGGACACCCAGCUGGCCCGGCUGCAAAGCCACGCGCAGGAGCUGCUCCGGGGCCGGGACUACCGGGCUGCUCUGAGGACCACCCAGAAAGGGCUCGAACUGGCUCCUGAUGAUGUUUCGCUGAGGCUGUGCCGCUCGGAGGCGUAUGUGGCCCUGCAGCAGUACUCAGAGGCGCUGGAGGAUUUGGAGGUGGUGUGCCGGAGUGAGCCAGAAGAGUGUGAGGGCUAUUUCCGGAAAGGGAAGGUGCUGCUGGAGUUGGGAGAGAAGUCCGAAGCCUUGCUGCAGUUCCACCAUUGCCUUACACUCAAUCCCAGCUUCCCUGCCGCUCAGCACGAGAUGGAAAAGAUCCUCACACAGGCUGACUCCCCACUCCCAGGCACUGUCGUGGAGCUACUGAGUGCUGCCAGCCUGGACUUUAAAAGCUCCAACUCAGGGAAGGAAGAAGCAGACCCUCUGCUGAGGCCCUCUUCCGGAGGAGAGUACGGGCAGGAUCCAGAGAGAGAGACGGAGGAUGGGAAGGAGGAAGCUUUGUCUGAACAUAGCCAGUUCGAGCCUCAAAGUCCCCAGCAGCCUGCCUGGUGGCCGAGGAGACGGAAAGACUCAGGGACUUCAGCAGAGAGGCAAGAGGGGAUAUCAUUAGGUAUUGGGGAGGAAACGGCAGACACAGCAGCAGCAAAAUCUCGCCAUCGCCACGAGCCAGAGCUUAGGGACCUACUGAGCGUGUCUGACCUGGAGUGCUCCCUCUGCAUCCGGAUGUUCUUUGAGCCAGUGACCACGCCCUGCGGCCACACCUUCUGCAAGGAGUGCCUGGAGCGCAGUCUAGACCACAGGCCCAACUGCCCACUCUGCAAACAGAGCCUGAGAGAGUAUUUGAAGGCUGGGAAGUACAACCCCACCGUGCUGCUGGUGGAGAUCAUGGUGGCCACCUUUCCCUCGCAGCUGGCAGACAGAAAACGGGUGCAUGAGGCUGAGAUGGCAGAGCUCUCAAACCUGACCAAGAACAUCCCCAUCUUCGUGUGCACCAUGUCUUUCCCGGGCAUCUCGUGCCCACUGCACGUCUUUGAACCUCGCUACCGUCUCAUGAUGCGGAGGUGCCAGGAGACCGGCACGAAGAUGUUUGGCAUGUGUAUGUAUGAGAAUGGGAAGAGUUUCGCGGACUACGGCUGCAUGUUGGAGAUUCAGCACAUAGAGUUCUUGGCUGACGGGCGAUCCCUGGUGGACACGAUAGGAAGGCGUCGGUUCCGGGUGCUGAGACGGGGACACAGGGACGGCUACAACACUGCUGAUAUCGAGUACCUGGAGGAUGAGAAGGUGGAAGGGGAAGAGCUGGCUGAGCUGCAGCAUCUGCACGAAUGCACCUACCGGCAGGCGCAGAAGUUUUGUGAACAUGGGGAUGCCGCCUUGAGGCAGAUUCUGAUGCGCCGCGGACCCCUGCCUGAGAAGGAAGAGGACAUCCAGGCCACCAAAGAUGGACCAGCUUGGUGUUGGUGGCUUAUUUCCAUCUUGCCCCUGGACCCAUCCGAUCAGCUCCGGCUCUUUGCCACCACCUCGCUGCGGGCCCGCCUCACUCAGCUGAAGCACAUCCUGACCGGCAUUCUGCAGCGCCGCGAUUACGGCCACCAACUCGCAGACCUCCGCCCGAGAGGCAGGAUCUAAAAUCCAGGGCAUUGCCGGUGCCUUGGCCAACUCGACAAGCACUUUGGGAGGGCCGGCCACGGGUGGGAUGGAGAUGUCGCCCGUUUUAUUUCUGUGUUUGGCCUCCAUGUUUUUACUGUCUUUUCUUCCUCACACUGACCUCAGCAGCCGGCCGCGCGCAAGCCUCUCCGGCAAACAGAGCUGGAAAGGGCAUGCAGUGGCAGCGAGAGUCCUUGAUCGAUUAGUGAUACCAUGCCGUCCAUGCAGUCUUGAUAAGCUGCUUAGGGGAUUUAGGAGCAUCUCACUAGGUCUGAGGAAAGUAGCAAGUCUGAAGGUGGGGCCAGGCUAAGGACACUGGAUUGCCUCUAUGAGCCAGAGCCCCAUGCCAAGUUAUUUUGGUAUCAAGAAAUCUCGAGGGCAACUAGAAAUGAAUGCCAGGUGUCGCGUUGUUUUGGACUCUUCCACAUUCAGGGUCACUAGUGUUUGCUAGCUUGUCCCAGUCUCUGCACGCUAGGUGAGGAAAAGGGGCUUUAAAUCAUUGGAAGUGUUGUAACAGGAGGGGGGAGGUUUCAGUGGCUUCCCGUGAGUUAGAAUUGGUGCCUUUAAUCAUGAGUUUGAUCUGAGAGUCCAUAAAAAAGAGAAUUACGUUAAAUUAAUUAAAUUAAAUAAAAUAAU